GGCUUCCGGUGGGCUUGACGCGAGCACAGUGCGCCUCCCGAGGCGUGCGUGUUUGUUUUGAGGAGGGAGCGCCGCCGGACGCCGGCAGCGGAGAGUCGUCAUCCCACCGCUGGGAAGGAGCUGUCAGCGGAGCAGGUGGAGUGUCCCCCCCCCCCCCCCGCGGCGGAGACCACAACCACGACCAUGACGUCUGUGUGGAAGCGGCUCCAGCGCGUCGGAAAGAAGGCGUCCAAGUUCCAGUUCGUCGCCUCCUUCCAGGAGCUGGUGAUAGAGUGCACCGACAAAUGGCAACCAGACAAACUGAGGGUGGUGUGGAUCAGGAGGAGUCAACGUCACAGCACAAAGCUCCACAGUUGGCAGCCAGGGAUUAAGAACCCCUACAGAGGCCUGGUGAUGUGGCAGGUUCCAGAGAGUUUAGAAAUCACUGUCACACUCUUCAAGGGACCCACUGCAGAGGAGUUUGAAAACAAAGACUGGACUUUAGUCAUAGAAAAUGAGACAAAAGGCCGCAGGAAGGUGCUGGCAUCAGCUGAUGUGAACAUGAAGAAGUAUGCCAGUUCCACGCCGGCUCAGUAUGAUGUUACGCUGAAGCUGAAUCCACAGUCUGCCAAAGUGGUGGAAGCCACUUUGAAACUCAACCUGUCCUGUAUAUUCCUCAAAGAGGGGAAGGCCACGGACGAGGACAUGCAGAGUUUGGCCAGUCUAAUGAGUAUGAAACAGAGUGACAUUGGCAAUCUGGAUGAUUUUAAUGACAGCGAUGAUGAAGUCGGAGAGAAGCGAAGGCCCAGCUUUGGAACUGGACAUGCUGCUCCGGUUACUGCUUCUGCACUUUCUACUGCAAAAAUACAUGACCUGCCUUGGAGGCCUGCGGUUGAAUCAGGCCCCACAGAGAUGGAUUGGAAAACGUCCUCUGGCAUUUCUUCAACCAUCUCGGCCCCAUUUCAUCCUCCUCUGCCUGAACCCACACAUCCCUCUGCUCCAUUCUCUUUAUUGCGAACCCACACACAACCACCAAGCACUAACCAGCAGGCCCGGCCCUCCCCCUAUGCCUACGCAUUACCGGCCUUUACACGUGCUCACCCUCCUGCACUUCCAAAAAUCUUCCAGCCAAGUGCCGGAUCAGUUCCCAUUUCAGCUCCUCGUAGGCCCCAUAGCUUCCAUAGUGAAUCCUAUCCAGAUGAGGGCUUGGAGGCCCAUGUCUUUUCUACCUCCACCUCUCCUGAAGCCUUUUCCUCCUCUUCUUUCUCCACUUCAACCUCUGAUCAAUGUGUCCGUCCUCCUGCUAUCUCUGUUACCUCACAAACAGCAUGUCCCAGUUUCUGGAGAGCACAGAGCGUUCCCUCCGUUCCUUCUGUCUCCCCCUCCUCAUCAGCUCCUCCCAGCACUUUCCCUCCUAUACCUCCACCACCUUCUGCUCCCAGACAGCCUAAAACGUGUCCAUCCUCUGUGUGGGCGUCAGGCUCAGCCCUCACCAGACCAACCAGUCUGCCAUCUGCCCCAGAGACAGCUCCCUGGCAGAGUGAAUGGAGACCUCCUAUAUCUCAGGCCCCUCUAGCACAGAAAACCCUCUCUCCUAAGUUUCUGCACCUCUCUGCCAAUGAUCCAGGAGAGCCUGCAGUGCUGCAGAAAAGGCAGAGGAUAGAGAUGCCAUUGUCCUCCCUGUCAGCUUCAGCCUCUCUGCCCAAUGAUCACUCUUCGGAGCGGAAACCCCAAGGAGGGUCUGGAUUUGUACCUUCCAGGAGGCCCCAGGCCACCUUUUUAGUAGACCCCACACCUCCUCUUCUAAGGCCUUCCUCUGCUCUUGUUCUGUCUGGGCCUCCUCCUCCUCCUCCUGACAUACCCCAAUCUGCCAUUGUCUCCCCCAUUGACCAAGUUACAGAAUUCAAGAGACAGUUGAGCAUACUGAGUGAAGAGGAUAACCAGUGUACAAUACCUACAACCUCUGAUCCAAGAGCCCCGACCAGCCGGAGCCUCGAGCUGUCCACGGCUUCAGAAUGGAAAAGAGAUGUGCAUUUGGGAGUCGAAGUUGUCAAGACAUCAGCAGGACCUAAGAGUAUGGGUUCAGUUCUGACCCAUAGCCCCAAAUCACCCUUAGCCCCAGGGCUGAAAUAUUUUGAGAUGCCAAAAACACAUAUGGAUCAGACAGAAUCGUGGACGACAAGAACAUACCCAGACGUCCAGCCAACGCUUGCUCCUUACACUUUUGCAUCGAAGCAAAACCUUGAGUUUCAUGAUCCAACAUCCACUUCAGUCAAGGAGCUUCUGAUUUUACCAAAGAGUCACCUGUCGAAGAGGUCCGCUCACUUAGGGAAUCCGAUAGCCCAACCAGAGUCUGCUCAGCAUAUUCACCAUCCUCCUUCCAAGUCACAACCUAAUUCUACAUCACCAAUUGGAUCUUUGAUGCACUUGCCUGAAACUGCUACAACUUAUGACACAAAACCCAAACUAAGGAUAGGAGUGGCCCACAAAAAAGAAGCUAUAACUAAGGAUUUUGGAAAUGAGAGCAUGACUGCCUCAGUGCCGUCUUGUCUCAGAGACACCAAUUCUACUUCUUCUUCAAUGGAGGUGAACAAAAUUCCAGAAGCUCAGACUGGAGAACAGUCCAUUUCAACAAACUCACAGUGGGAUAAGCCACAAAGAGGGACGUUAAAAAACAGAUCUGCUGUUUCAGUGCCUGCUGUGGAUAAGAAAAUGACGUGCAACACAGCUGCCUCGGCCCAAGUCACUUCAGGAGUGGGCUCUGAUUUUCUCUUGGGACAGCAGGCCAGAACAAAGAAUAUAUCAAAUCCAACUGAAGAAUCAUUGGCAUUGUCUUCAACUAAUAGCUUUGUUGUCUGUGGUUUGGAGUCAGAGCAUUGUAUGGAGGAAGGGAGAACUGAAGUUGUGGCUCAGUCUAUGAAUAAGAGGCUAUUAAGUGAAACAGAUAUUAGAGUUACACAGGAGCUUGUGUUACCGAGCUCUGUAGUCAGUAUAGAGGAAACGUGUGUGUACAUAUCUAAGGGUGAACUUGGUCCAUUGUGUCCAAGAGAGAGUUCUAGUUCUCAUUUACCAUCGACUUUACAGCCUGAAGCUCAGAUUGAAGAAACUGUGAGAAUACCAAGUAUGAUUAAGUUAGUAUCAAGUUGCUCACAAUAUUCCACGAUUCCCGGCAUGCCAUCUUUGUAUCACAAGUCACAAGUUAUAGCUUGGCCAGAUGAUGGUGGUGUACUAUUUCAGAAGUUACCCAGCAAGACAUUGCCAGGACUCCUGUAUUUAGAUUUGUUUAGUUCUGUUUACGUGGGUGGUGGAGGAAUAGCAAAAAUGGUGGACAUAACACCAUCAUGCUCAAAGUUUACCAGUAUUCCUGGAUUCCCAUCAGUUUUGAAACGUGAACCAAAUAUGCUUCACUUUUUACCUACAUGUCCCACAAUUUGCAGUGUUCCAGGUUUAGCUUCUGUUGGAUCAGUGACUGGAUAUGACAAGAAUGUUUGGGACAGAUGUUCUCUAUGGACAAAAACAUUGCAGAUAAAAGAAGCAUUUGUUUCACAAAUGUCUUGUUUACAGGAGCAAGACAUCAGUGAUACUAAUAUGAUUAAUGUCAUGGUGGCAAUGUUGCCAACAUGUUCUAGAAAGGCCAGUGUUCCAGGCUUUCCGUCUGCACCAUUGCAGAAGGCUUCAAACACUCCAAGUAUGGCCAAUGGUCACCCUACUUGUCCAAAACAGACAAUGAUUGCAGGUAUGCCAUUUAGACAAAGAGAUAUGGCAUAUAAUGACUGCUGGCAUAUUUUGAGGGAAUUAAUAUUAGAUAGACCAUUGAGAAGAAAAUCUGUUCUAGUUGAAAAAAAGUCACAUGAGGAUAAAGAAUGCAUGAAAUAUAUGGUAAAUAUGCUACCAUCUUGUGCCUGUACGACAACCAUUCCUGGUUUUCCUUCUGUGCCACGAAAAGAACACAGUGUACCUCGUGUUCCAUUUGCACCUAGGCAAGAUCCUAGAAUGGCCGAUAUGUUUCUAACUUGCCCAAGAAAGACUAGAGUUAUUGGUUUACCUUCUAAGGAGCCAGUUAGUGCUCAAGAUGAAGAUAUGGUUAUAACCAGGCAUAUUGUGAUGGCGAAACCAUUUGGCAAAAGUAAAGUCAUGAUUCAAGAUUUUCCCCCAGGUGCAGCUCAAGAUCUAGACAAAAGAGGAAUGUUCAGGUCUGUGGCAUUGUUGCUCUCAUGUCCUGUGAAAUCCUGCCAUGCUGCUAUGCCAACAGAUCCCCAUAAGCGGUUACCAGCCAUUGUCAGUCUUGCGUCUGUGUGCCCUAAACAGACUCAAACUCCUGGUAUGCCAUCCCAGGAUCGAAAAAAUUCAGAGAACAAAGAUUGGCAUGUCUUGAGGAGUUUUAUUAACAAGAGACAAGAUAAGAAUAUACAAGCUUACAUUGUUCAGUGGAUACAGAAAGACACAGAAACCAUUAAAGAUGGUAGAAUGGUUGAUAUGUUUAUGAGUUGCCCGCAAAAAGCCAAAGUUUUUGGCUUACCCUCUGCUACAAGGGAAGACCCUAAUAUGGUCAAUAUAAUACCCUCAUGCCCCAGACAUAGUGCAAUCCUUGGUUUGCCUUCAAAGACUGGACAAAAUCUUUGUUUGUCCAGCUGUAAUGAAUGGUUUGCUUAUAAACGUUUACAGUGGGAGAGUCCAACUGCUAAAAGGGAAGUGCAGACUCUAAAUGAAGUUUCAUAUUAUGAUAACAACACUGUUAAAAAUAUGAGUGCAAUUCUACCCUCUUGCCCUGCAAAUGCUAAUGUACUUGGGUUUCCCUCUGCUCAGACACUGACAUUAUCUGAUGGUCCAACUAUGGUGAAAUUAUUGCCUAGUUGUACAAAGGCAUCUAGGGUUCCUGGAAUGCCAUCUUUACAUCAGUCACAAGUUAUAGCUUGGAUAGAUGAUAGAAGGUUUGGAAUUGGAGUUUGUGGAAUACCAUCUGGAUUCUACAAUGUGACUGAGGAAGCAGAAUGGAGUGUUAAAAAAAGGCAUGUUUGGAACAAGCCAUUGACAAACCCAGGACAGGUGUCAGUAAUACAUGACCAUAAGAUGUAUUUCAGAGAGAAGGGAGUGAUUAGAAUAAUGGUAUCCAUGUUGCCACCCUGUCCCAAAUACUCUAAUAUUCCUGGAAUUCCGUCUAAGUUUGGAGAGAGACCAGUCGAAACUUUGAUGGACGAGGGUCCCAGCAUGUUCAAAUCCAUUGCAACUUUACCAAAACACAGUCAAAUUCAAGGUAUACCUGCAAAGAAUAGUACAAACGAAUUUGAUGGCUGGUGUAUGGACAUGGAUGCAAUUCGGGAAAAAACAUUUAAUAUAGGUUAUGGAGUUGUUAACCAAGAUUUUACAGUUAAGGAAAUUCAAUCUGGGGAUAAAGAAAAAAUGCUGGGUAUGCUUCGAUUAUAUCCAGAACAAGCUCUGAAUCCUGGAUUUCCAUCUGCUGCACAACCCCAAGCUGUCAAUGCCAUUGUAGAAAAAAAUAUUGACCUGGUACAAUUGACACCAUGUUGCCCGAAACAGACAAAUAUCAUUGAUUUCCCCUUAAGUGUAUCUUGUAUUUCUGAUUCUAAAGGGGACGGGCCAGAGGUGAUGAUAAAGACACAAAGCUACUGUGAUGUUCACAAAAAGCAAUAUUGUACUUGCAAAGAUAGAAUGAAGCCAAUUCUUUCUCCUGAACCUUCUCGUCCACCGCAUGACAUAGACCAACUUCUAAAUAUGGUGAAUAUUGUGCCUUCUUGCCCAAAGAAAGCUUCUGUUCUUGGUGUUCCAUCAACACAUGUGCACCAGUCAAGACAAGGGUGGCCAGUUGACACACCACUGAUGAGUAAACAGCUGUCACUGGAUCAACAACAACAACCCCUUUGUGAGGUUUAUGUCAGAGAGAGAUCCAUGCACUUUAUAUUCCCUAGACAAGAUGAACCAGUGGAUGUACAACAAAGGACAGUUGAGUCAUCAACCUGUCCCAUUGAGGUCGUUGUCAUAGACUUACCGUCAUCAAGUCGUGAAAUCCAAGUGGAUCAGCCAUCCUCUAGAUUUAAUGAUAUUGAGAUGUUACCUGAUGAGGUCAUUCCGGCUAGAUUAGAUCUUGACACAAAGAAAACAAGAUCGGAUGUGAGCUCACCUUUAGAGAUGCAUAAAGAUGAACAGGGCUUUUGGACUGAGGCCAAAGAAGUAAUCGUACUAGAAAAAGGAAACUUGCAUUGCAGAAUGUGGCACUCGAUUCCUGACAUGCCACUAUUCUUGAGUGUUAAAAAGAGACCUCCAAGUGUGGUUUCACUACAGCCAUCAUACCCAGUUGUUGCUGGUGCAGCAGAACCCCUAUCCCAGAACCUAAUAAAUAAUGCUGAGCAGAAGUUAGAAAAAUAUCCUAAAAACAGGACCAUAUUUUGCGAAGAGCUGCCAAAGGUGACUACAGAGAUAACUAGAAACACAUCAGAGGAAGAAAUGGAAACAAUAAGAGAAAUAGUCUGUAACAUCCCAGUGUUCCCUGGUGCUGACACUGAUGAUGGAAUGAAGACAAAGAUGGCAGAUCUGUUGCAAUAUGAGUUUAGUGGCCUAUUUGAAUAUCCUGCUACCGCUGAGAAAAUUAAUGAAUGCCUACUGGACAGUGAGUCGACGAGGAAUAAGCCCGCAAAGGAUGAGGACAUUCUAACAAAUGAGUGUGCUCUUCAUUUGAAGGAAUGUGUGCCUGAAAUUGAGAACAAAAAGUCCUCUUUCAUUGAAAUAUGUCCUAGUACGACAAACAUUGCUGGCAUGCCGUCCAAAUUACCCAUAAAAGAAAAACAUUGGCCUAUUAACCAUAAGCCAAUCUGGGAGAAACAAUCAAAAAUGGAAGAAGUAUUACCACCAUGCACAUCAAAUAAGGAUGAGGAGAACAAGAAAGAAAUGGUCUUUCUGUUACCAUCUUGUCCCAAAGAGACCAUAAAUCCAGGGUUCCCCUCUGUAUUUCACCACAGUUUUGUUUUUCAUGGACCAAGUAUGGUGGACACAUAUCCUUGUUGUCCACAUGUAUCUAGUAUACCUGGUGUACCAUCUAUCAAUGAAGACAAUAACAGAUCAUGGGUAUCUCAACAAGAACCACUUUCAAAGAAGAAAAUUAAAUCUGAGCUUGUUAUCACAACAACAGAACACGAAGUGGGAGCUUUCGAACCAGCUUGCAUAAAGCAUUCUCCUACACCAGCUCCACAAACUACUGAAGUAUAUCAUGAAUCAGAUAUGAUGAGCCUUUUAAGCUCUUGUCCGAAAAUUUCUUGUGUUGAAGGUUUUCCAUCAUUAAUGAAGCAUCAGUUGAACGAAAGCUGGGCCCCAGAUCGCCAACCAUCACUUCCAAAAAUCAACAUAGCCAUGACUGAAGAUAUACCUCACAAUGAAGAGAUGAAAGCAAUGUCAGCUUUAGCCCAAGAUUCUCCAAAAGAGCCUUGUAUCCAUGGAUUUCCACCUGUUCAGGAACCUACAGCAAUCUGUAAAGGGUUUAGUAGCGUCAGUCUCCUUCAAUCUUGCCCAGGUUUCUCCACUAUAGCUGGAUUUCCAUCAAUGCAGAAAGCUGACCGUAAAGGUUGGAACAUUAUUAAUCAGAUAUUAUGGGAGAAGCAAAUUAAAAAGGAGUCUUUAUUUCUUCUGAAGAAGAAUGAAAAACACAAAGACAUGAACGGAAAUGUGUCUCUUGCACAAAGUUGCCCAAGAAAAUCCAGCAUUACUGGCUUUCCCUCAGCACCAAAACCAAGAGUGAUUCAUGUUAUUAACAUAACAAAUAUGGUCAAUCUUUCAUACUCAUGCCCGAAAGUGUCGCAAAUACCCGGAAUUGCAUCAUCUCAUUAUUCAAAACAUUGGAAAAUGAGCAAGGAGCCACUGUUCGAACCAAAAAUGAAAGAAAAGCAGGUGUCACUAACUGACAGAUGUGAAAGAGAUGACAGUACAAGAAAAACUAUGGUUUCCCUCCUACCAUCCUGUCCCAAAGCAGCACGGAUGCCAGGAUUCCCCACUCAUCCAAAUCCCUUAAGUGUGUUUUCUGCACAAAAUAUCAGCUUGUCUACACUGUGCUCCCAAGUUUCCAGAAUACCGGGAUUCCCAUCAGUUGUUGGGGAUAUGAGUUUGAGGUGGGUAACAGAAAAGGGAUCAUUGUUUCAGAGGCUACCAACCAAGAGGGUCAUAUUUGACACAUCAAACAACAGCAAAAAGAUAAUGACCAAUAUGGUUUCCCUUGUACCAUCCUGCCCUAAAAUAUCAAGUAUUCCUGGUUUCCCCUUUAUCCCAAAUCCCAAAACUGUGUAUUAUGGCCUAAAUAUCGUCAACCUCCUUCCUUUGUGCCCUCUAGUUUCUACCAUAUCUGGAUUUUCAUCAGUGGAAGGUCAUGAGGAAAAAGGAUGGGUUGCUGGACUUGGUUCAUUUAUGCACCAACCUCAAAAGAAAAUUUCUUUCAUGAUGAACAGCUCACCAGUAAACAUAGACAAACCAAACAACAUGCUUGCUUUGGUUUCUUCUUGCCCAGGAGCAUCAACGAUUCCAGGAUUCCCAUCUUACCCAAGAUACAGUAUGCUUAGUCUUAUACCUGUUUGUCCCAAAGUAUGUAGUUUUCCAGGAUGUGCAUCCUUUGAAGGGGCCCCAGAAUACCAAUGGCUUUUUGAUCCACUCAUUUUGUGUGAUUUUCUGCAAAAGGAGAACAUUUUUGUGAUACACAGCACAAAUCAAGAUGGAGUAACAGCAAAGAAAAUGUUGGCCUUAGCCCCAUCUUGCCCAGAAGCCUCCAGGAUCCCUGGGUUCCCCUCUGCGCCUCAAAUAAAAUCCAAAUCCACGAUUGAACCCAAUAUGAUAAGCCUUGUACCCUGCUGCGCCAGUGUUUCAAGUCUCAACGGAUUUGCAUCUAUGACUACAGCCCCAAGCACAGAGUGGCUAAAUAAAACAAAACCGAUUUUGAAAGAACCUCAGAAGAAGAGGGGAGACAUGAUUAUGGAACCUGCUGUGCAGGACCAGCUAAAUUGCUGUAAUAUAAAAAGUAUGGUGACAUUAGUGACAUCAUGCCCAAAAGAGGCCAGAGUGUGUGGUUUUCCUUCUGCUCAAAUUGUAAACAGACCACCCAACAUGCUCAGCUUAUACACAUCUGCCCCGUGUGUUUCAUGUGUCCCAGGUUUUCCAUCAGCAAGGAUGCUAAGCUCUGAACAUCUCAAAAUACGAACAAUGACAACACAAACAAAGUCCUUGUUUAAAAAUAAGCAGAAUGAGAAGAUUUUUCUUAUUGCAAAGUUUCCAGCAAAAGAUUAUCAAGACGAAAUGAAGUCCAUGAUAGCAAUCGCUCCAUCAUGUCCACAUUCGACUAAAAUUCCAGGAAUCCCCAGCAUUUUGCAAUUGAAUCCAACAGAGAAAGAAACUAUGGCUAUUCCCUUGCCUACUUCUACUGAAAAGCAUACAACACCAGAAUUGCCUCAUGUACAGUCAACUCAGUCACAUCUUAAAGACACAAUAAAUCCUGUAGUUCGCUCUACAUCUGUCAGCAGCCAAAGCACAGAACAUAUACAUGUGGACAAUUUCCAGGAUGGAGCAAAGCAAACUGUAGACCUUUCUGUAGAUAAUGGAAUAACUGCAAAGGAGACCCAAACAGUGAAGAAACAAUUGGACACAUCAGAGCCAGUAGGAGUCUUGGGUUGGGAAGUGUUGGAAGCAGAGGGAACAAUAACAGAAAAACGGGCAGAACCCUCUUUGUCAGCAAAGGAGGAAGAGACCUCAGGAUUAGUAAACGCUAUUGUGGGUGUUUUCCAUAAAGGUUAUGAAACAGUAGUGUCCAUUUUGGGGCCAUCUAGCUCUACUUCAACGGAAGAGAAUCAUGAACACAAGGCUAUCUCCUCUUUGGACCUGAAGGACAAGACUUCAGAUGGGGUUUUCCAACAUUUUGCAGACAACAAUUCACCCAUGCAGAAGAUAGAGGGCCAGUUUGAAGACUUUGACAUUGACAAUGAUCAUAACAUUGAAUAUCCAGCAAGUGCUGAGCCUUAUAUGUGGAACUUGGUAUGUGAUCAAUCAGCAUCUACAUCACCAACUACGGAAAAGGAUAAUGGGCAUUUAGUUUGUGCAGGGAUGAAGAAAUGGCCGCCAUUGACAGAAGAAGAUAUCACUGAAAUAUCAAAAGAAGAUGGUGAACAAAAAGAGGGAAGAGAGAUCUGUGUUGAUCAAUGGCAUUCAAAGACGAGAUCACUCGCUGGGGAGGACUCUUUUCAAACAAUGGUGAACAAUGACAGUUUAUUAGCAAGGCACGAGACUGAGUCAGAGCAGAUUGAGGUUAGAACACUGUCGUCUUCUUCACAGCUGGAUAAAGGCCCCAAACAAGCAAGCAAUGAAGAAAUUUCUGCUACUUCCCUGCAGUGUACAUCAAAUGAGUCAUUUACAGAUGCAAAUGAACAUAGAGAGGCACAAACAGGCAAACCCUCAGAUGACCAAAACAUUAGUCCAGUUGGACCACAACCUGACAUUUCUGUUUCUCAGCGAGGCAGAAAGCCAAAGCGCAAAGUUCCAGAACCUGACCAGAAAGGAUCUCAUCAAGAAAAAGCCAUUGUUCCAAGACGGCCACUUAGAAGGAAGGACAGUUUAACACCAGACCGGAAAAAACAACAUGACGGUUUGUCGGUCAAGCUCCUCUCUGAAGUAGUUCCAGUCAAGUCUGUAGAGAAAUAUUCUACUGAUGAGAGAAUUCCCACACAACUGGCCACCGACCCUGCCCCACCUUGCUGCAUAAAUAAAGGAGAUGGUGGCGACCCUCUAGUUGUACCUCAAAAUGGUCAGGAAAGUGUUGGACCUCAAAUGAAACAGGAACGUGAACAUGAACACAAAGGGAGAGCAGAAUCUGCCCCAGUAUCCAUGUAUGUUGCUCCUCCUCGUGUUAAAAGAAGAGAUGGUAGUUUGCCACCUGGUACUCCCCAGAAAACAUCCCCUUGCAAACCCCGGAGGAGAAAAGACAGUGUCACAAGGGAGAAAUCAGUUCAAAUAACUCACAACCAACAAGAUUUGGAAGCUCAAGUUAGUCCAGCUUUGGCCAAAUCUGAUCUUGGUCCUCCUCAACCUUGCCAGAGUAGCUCUGAUGUCUCUGGAGCUGUUGAACCUCUACAGAACAUCGUUAAACAAUGUCAAACUGCCACUGAAAUGAUCCCUUCAAAGCCCGUAGAAAGAAUCGACCAAACAACCAAACAACACUCUCAAGAAGCAGAUUGUUUCGGAAGUGCAUCUCUACAGACAGAAGCAAAAUUGGUCAGCUCAAAGGACACAGAACAAACUUCUUGUGACCCUGAAUGGUCGAUAGCAGGUCACACAGCUGUUGAUGCAGUCAACCUCAAAUCUGAGAUAUCAGAAAAUAGACCAGAGAUAGGAGAGGCAGAGAGGGACAAACUAACAACUCAACCAAUCCCAAGGCCUCGUUUGAGGAAACGUCACAGUGGCUCUUUCCCAGAUGACUUCAAAACUACAGAGAGAACUCAGACUUCCCAUGCAGAAGAGGCACUGGCAGCAAGGCAAAGUGGUCCUUCAUCAAUUUCUUCAACAACUAAAGAAUUACCAAUAGUGGAACACAGCAAAGACCAUCCCCUUCCUCCUCUGGUUCAUCAGCCUUCUACGACUCCAGUCGAAGUGGGCGGAGUGAGGUUGAGGAGAAACAGAUUGAGCAUUGACAGCAGUGUUCAAGUAGAGAAUGGUGAUACUUCACAGAACAGCCCCGGACCCUCAAGCCUGCCUGUACCAAAACCAAGAGUCAAGAAACGUCUCAGCGAUUCCUUCCCUGAGGACAUCACAAUUUUUAGCUCACCACCUCCCUGUGAGUCAGACACAAAAGCUGAUUUGAUUGGUCAUGAAACAGUCCAACAGAAUGAACAGUCCAGCCUGCCUCUUCCACUGCCUCGGGCAAAGAAACGUGUCAGUGCGACUUAUUCAGAUAGCACACCCCCUGUGGAUCCCCCCUUGGAAUCAACUCAGAGAAACCCAGAGGAUACACUUGUCACUAGCAAGGAGACAAAGGAAUGGUCUUCAUCAAUGGAUAUAAGUGUGGUCACUGAAGGAGGUUUUGUGACAAUCCAAGGUGAAGACGAUGUUGCAUCAGAAGUGGAACGGGACGUGCUAGGAGCAAUGCAAGAAGAACAUUUUUCUCACUCAGAUUCUGUGGAAGAUACUGAGAAAUCACUGGAUGAAAUUAUUGAAGGAUGGACCUUUACAGAAAAACAUGUAGUUGUAGAUGACUCAGAGAAUGUUACUGAGGUGGUAUCUGAGCAAGAUGACAUUGAAAAAGUCCUGGAAGUAGAGGUUGAUAAGUCCCUUGCUUCCACUGCUGCAUCUUCUCAGGAGGACUGGCUGCACGUAGAAGGUGAUAAAGACAGUGAACCAAUGGAAAUAAUGUCAAGGAAAGAAAUGGGGGAUGAAGAGUUGGACUUUGGCUUUGUGUCUGUAGAUGUAGCUGCUGGUUGUUUAGAGGAAGAAAGGCAAAGGGAGAAAACAGAAGAAUCUCCUGGUCAGGCUGGACCUGUUCCUCGUGGCAAGAAGCGUUUGAGUGGUUCUUAUCAAGAUGACAGCAAGUCAGCAGUUGCUGGCCUGCACCAAACCAGUGAACCAACAACACCUCAAACAAGAUCUGCAGAUGAGACUGCCUCUUCAGAGAGCCAGUUGGCCAGUCCCACUUUAGUAACGUCCAGCCAAUCUCUACUGGAAUGGUGUCAAGAAGUCACACAGGCUCACAAGGGAGUGAAGAUCACCAACUUCAGCACCUCUUGGAGGAAUGGUCUGGCAUUUUGUGCCAUAUUACAUCACUUCUACCCAGAAAAGAUUAACUAUGAAAUGCUGGACCCAUAUGACAUCAAGCACAACAACAAAAAGGCUGUUGAUGGCUUCGCCGAACUUGGCAUUUCCAGGCUGAUGGAGCCUUCAGACAUGGUCAUGCUUGCGGUGCCGGACCGUCUAAUUGUCAUGACCUACCUAAACCAGAUACGCACCCAUUUUAUGGGUCAGGAACUCAGUGUGCUCCAUAUAGAGAAGGACAGCAGCGAGUCCAGCUAUGCAGUAGCAGGGGACCUGGACAGGCAAGAGGACCCAGAGGCAACUGCUCGCUACUGCACCCAGAGGCUCCAGGAGGAGGGUAUAAUCCUUGAGACAAACGGGACUGCAGGCACCGCAGAGAAGGACAGUAAAACCAGUAGGGAUUUGGUUCCACCUCCCAGAACGAAACGGUUGCAGGCUGCUGGGGCAGGUGGAGCUCAGUCCCCUGUAGCACCACCAAGAACAAAUUUUCUUUCCAAGACCGGCUUCUCUCAUGUCAAAGACGCUGACCUGGUCAAGAAACGAAGGUCACAGCGGAGGAGCGGGUCAGUGGAUGAAGGAGACAUAUCAGUGGCCUUUGUAGGCCAAGACGACAGUAUAAUCAGCCGCAUGACGUCAGAAACUGAGAGAACAAAGGCAGCUGAGGAGGAGGGAAGACCAGCAGGCCAGGACCCCAGCCAGUAUGUUCUAAAUCAGAUGGAAGCCCUGAAAGCGGAACAGAAUCAUAUUGAUACCAGAGCAGGUGUGGUGGAGAGGAAGCUCAGACUACUACUGGAAACAGGUAGUGACAAGGUGGAGGAAGAGAGGUUGAUUCAGGAAUGGUUUACGCUGGUUAACAAGAAAAAUGCUUUAAUCCGGAGGGAAGACCAUCUACAGCUACUGCUGGAAGAACAUGACCUGGAAAGAAGAUUUGAGUUGUUAAAGAAGGAGCUGAGAGACAUGAUGGCAAUUGAAGAGUGGCAAAAGUCUCAGGCCCACAAACACAGAGAGCAGCUGCUGCUGCAAGAGCUGGUGUCACUGGUCAACCAGAGAGAUGAACUGGUCCACAACAUGGACGCCAAAGAGCGAGGAGCUCUGGAGGAGGACGAGCGUCUGGAACAAGGCCUGGAGCAGCGGAGGAGGAAGUACGCUAAACAGCAGAGAGAGAAGUGUGUGAUGCAGUGAUUCUGUCGACCUGCAGCCGCGAAACCGAUCAGAGAGAAAGUGGGUCAAGACAAAACCAAGAACGGGACAGAUGUGUGUUUGGUCGUCUUUCACCUGCUGUCAGUUUGAUUGUUUGGGUUUAGGGCAGCAGGGAGAGGACAGGACCGUCCAAGGAGUGCAAAUCUACAAGAGAACACUGAACCAGCAUGUGGUGGCGUUGCCUUCCAACGGAAUACGCACAUGGCCCGAAACCAGAGUGAGGCUCUGAGAAGCUCUGAAUCAACUCCACUGUUAUUUUCUGAGCGUCUUGAAAAUGUGGCGCCGGGCUCCAUUUUGCGACAAAAGAUCAAGGUGUGCGGGUUGAUUUCCACCAGCACGUCUUCACCCACUCAGCAAGACGAGGCCCCAGUGCCUCGGAGAGCUGCUCGUGCCUUCAAACUGUUUUUUGCUUUGCGGUUUCUGUGCUGUGUUGUGUUUCGAGUGACUGUUACUUUGUGUGUGACUGUGAAUGUGUUUGAUUGAAAGUUUGGUAAAUAUAUAAGCUGCCAAACACAAGGAGAGCUUAGCUGACCGUGUUGGUUUCUUGUAGCCUGACACCAACACUUGCACGUUCGGAUUGGACCUGCCGAGAACCAAGAUCUAGUGCCUGUACUCCAAAAAUUACGAGGGGUUCACUGUUUCCUGAUGACCGUUGCUGAUGACAGGAUGAUAAAGCCACAACAGUACCCAGCAUGUGAAGAAAUAUGCUUUGUCACUGUCUUCUAAAAUCUUAUAUGAUAUAUCAUAUAUUCUAUUGGAAUUGAGACAGUGGGCUCAGAUAUACUUGUCGUUUGCUUUACCUUUUCCCAAAGCUAAAAAUUGUGUCUAUUUUGGAAAGUAGUAAAUUAGUCUAACUUUAGUGAUGUUGUGAUGUGAUACCAUAUGUUUCAUAUAUGGUAUCACUGCCUCUUCAGUGGAGCAGUUAGGAUGAAGGUGCCUGUGACAAGGAGAGAAGCAUCCAAAUCAGUUUCUGACUUAUUAGAUUCAUUUUAAAUUAUACAGUUGAUUCAAUACCUAUCAAAUUGAGAAGUGGCCACAGCUGCUUUACUGGUAAGUUUUUUAACCAAAGCCUUAUUUUCAUCACAUCUGAUGAGUGUGAAUGUGAAUAGGACAAUUUGCACGAGACUUGCGCAUGUUGGUUGCCACACAUUAGCGAAAUGCUCUGAUAAGUUUGAAGCGUUAAAACACCUUCAGUGAAUCCCAUCAUUUAUUUUCCUAUUUUAGUAAUAAAAAAAAUGAUGGGAAAUAAGCUGUUUUUUCUGAUAUGACGGGUGAAUGUUUAUGAAUGAUUAUUCAUUAUUCAUUUAAUCUUUCUGAGCACAACAUUAACACCUGCUAAAAGUAUCUGGCACUUCUAGCUCUUAUAUAUAUAUAUAUAUAUAUAUUUUAAGAACACACAUCCUCCUUGUCUUUGUGCUGAAACGUUUUGUGUAACAGCCAUAAUGUCAUAUUUCUGGGCCUGAGGUUUUAUCUUGUGUGUAAAUGUUUGCACACUGCUGAUUGUAGUAGCUUCGACCACCACUUGUGUGAAGUAGUUACAGCUCAUUUAAAUGUUUGCUGUUGGAGAGUUCGUAUUGUGGUUCUAUGUUAUAUUUGCACUAUUUGAGAAAACAAAUUACAAAUAUAAAAGAUUUGAAUGCC